AUGGAAGAGGAGAGGAGAAAAGGCAGCAACAACGGCAGCACGGGGCCAGCAGUUGGUGCUCGGCUGUAUUUUAAUUAUACCGCAGGCUGCGCGAGAGCCUCAUCCAAUCUCGUUGGCCCUCUCACCGUUCCUUUCUCUCUCCAUCUUUCGUUCUCCACCUCUGCGCCCCCGUCGUGGCCUCCGUCGGCCUCUUCUGGUUUCGCAGGCCAGCCGUGGUACACCACCGAAACGCGAACGAACAAAAGCAAAGAGGCAUCGAGGACGGCCCACCGCUUUAGCCCCUUCGACCGUGCUUCGUCUCGCUCGUACCCUCUUCGACGUUUCUAGUAUUUCCUGCCUCCUUCUACUCUCAUAGUCGUGGAACUACGUUCGUUUUUAUACGGCUAGAACAGCGAACGAACGGGAAGAAGAGUGGAAGGAUGGGUCGUCGAAAGGCUGAACGAAACGAAAGGUAAAUUGUCGAGCUCGAUGGACGAGUCGGUGAUUAGCAGUUUCGAUUCUUUCUUUAUCAUUAAAAGUAUCGAGAGGCGAAGAACAUUUCGAGAUUGUUUCCUUGAGUGGCAGAUCUGCGUAUUCACAUGAAAUUUGAGAAAAUGAGAAACCAAAGAAACUGAAAAUUAAAUAUUAUUAAAUAUCGAAUAAAAAAAAGGAAUUCAGAAACUAACGAAUGAAAUCAAUUGAAGACCGAAAUACGUCCUACUCGUAAGAAUCUGUAUUCGAUUAUUCUUGUGCUUUAGUUUGCAUUCCUUUGAAGGAAGCUGCUCUCACAGUGCUCUUUCAAUCUACGUUCUCCCGAAAAAAAGGCUACCUCCAUAAAAAAAGAGCGAAUCCUCCGAAACCAAAAAAAAAAAAAAAAAAAAUCAUCGAGAAUAAAUUACUCCAUUGCGCAAUCCUCCUCCGGAAUAUAUUGCUCGAUCAAACGCUUCCCCGAAGGGUCCCUGAAUUUUCAUCUUCCCAGCCAAUGAUUUAUUACCUUUGCCUAAACGAUUCUCGUUAUUUAACAGGACACACAGAGUUGAAAUCUGGACCAGCAGGACAUUCUUGGCCAUUCUGCCGCGAGCCUGGUGUAUAAAUCUUCGUCGAAUCGCAGCACGCGCACAGACGCGUUUACGCGCGGGAAUGGCGGCGGCGAGACGCAGCGUUCCGCGUGCAUGUAAGCGGCCUUAUUAUUUCACGGUCGGUGCGUACUCGUUAUACGCGCUUUACAUGGCGGCCUGUUACGUUUACCGGCCAAUUUGGUGGCGGGCGGCCUCGUCUUCUGCCAUCUGUUCACGGCCACGCAGACAGUUCCGUCCGCGGCGUUACGCUUUAAUCCGCGAAACGAGCUCGUUUCGGAUAAACGCCUCGUUUAAGUGAAACUCCAACCGAGCCAGUCUUAAGUACUUAGCUCUUGCCCUCUCGAGCCUCUGCCGAGCCAACGCUGUUUCCAAACGUGAUUUCCUAUUAUCCGCAGCGAAUCGGAGAUACCUCGUCUCAUCUUGCUGAGAGUAUUUCCCUGAGAGGAGUUUGUUCGCCGAGGCAGUGUCUUUCGAACGAAAAUUUGCUAAAUCGUGUACGACUGACAGGAGACAAUUGAAUCGGGUAAUUCUUGUAAAUGAAUUUCAGGCACGGAUCAGAUAUAGAAACACCCGAGACUCGGGCUUGAAUGAAAUUUCCCGAGGGGAAAUCGUUUGUCAAAUUUCUUCUUCGCCGUUCUUCGUCUCGUCUGCGUCUUCGUUUUAUUUCUUAAUUUCUAUCAGAACUGUUUCGCUGUACCUUUUGAUACCCGAUCAGUUCCAAAGAGCGGCUACUUGGAAAAAUCGUCACGUCACGUCGACUCGGAGCUCUUAAUACGACCGCGGAGGAUAGACUUCGGGCGCGAAAUGGCGAGCGAGGGGCAAUCUUUUUCGCUGUUCCAGCGACGGAAACCCCCGAAAUGAUAUACAGUUGUUUGGCAAGGUGAUACGAGGAUCCUUUUCAGCCGGUGGUCGUUGCUCGUGUCGUCGGCAGCUCUUUUACAGCGCUCGUGCAACCACGACCGACAUCAAUCUCGUCAUUAGUCUUCCCUUUCCUCGCUCGCUUCUUGCCCGAGUGUCUUCUUGCUAGACUCGCCCACGGUCUUCGAGUUAUUGAUAAUUUGUCACGCGAUCUCCGACUGCGAGCCAUUCAUCCUUCAUCCGCGAGCGGACCGUUAUUCCACGGCAACUUCUCGCCAGAUCGUCGUCGCCAAAGCGACGCUCGCUUCUCCGGUAAGCCAUUGUGAUCGACGAUCGUACGAAUGACGGGGCCAUCGGAGGCCCAGCUUCCGAUCCACAGAUUCGUUCGGCGCGUCGUCGUUGCAGUUUCGUCCCUGCUAACGAACACGAGACGACGAUAUGCUCGAACGAGAGCGACUGAUCACAGUGGCUUUUCCAACGAAGAUUUAAGGGUUGAUCGCCAGCUGGACACGAGUUCGAUUAUCUCCCGUUUCCUCCUGGGAAAGGAAAAAAGAAAAAAGGAAAUCAAGUCGGCGGUGGCAUGGUUCGACGGAUCGAGAAAAAAAGGAAACAGCCGGUGAACGAGCGAACACGAGGGGAAACGCCUUCUCCGCCCUGAAACGCCUCCUGUCCGUCACGCCGUCAUCCCCCUUCUUCUCAUUUUAUUCCCUAGUCGUGACCCCGACGUUUUUCGUUAACGUUCACCCUCCCAACCACCUACCUAGACAUAAUUACAAUUGACGAAACGCCAGGUUGAAAUAUUCCUUUUGAUCCAUCGACGUCUUUCGUUCAUUUUUGAUCCUCUUCGAGCAUCCCCUGUCUCGAUCGUUCGCAGACGGAAUAAUUAAACUUAAAGGUUGUCAUGGAGUUUUGCAAAUUUCUUCGUUGAGUAUAAUUUGCAUUCCUUUAUCAAAGAUUAUAAUUUUUAAUUGAGGACACUAGGUUGAAAUAUUCCUUUUGAUCCAUCGACAUCUUUCGCUCUUCGAACGUCUCCUCCUGUUUCAGCCUUUCGCAGAUGGAAUAAUUAAAUUUAAAGGUUGUCAUGGAGUUUUGCAAACUUCUUCGUUGAAUUUAAUUUACAUUUCAAUUUUUAAUUGGAGACGCCAGAUUAAAGAAUUCCUUUUGACCCAUCGACGUCUUUCUCUCAUUUUGCUCCUUUUCGAACAUCCCCUUAAAAAUUUAAAGCUUGUGAGUGUAAUUUGCAUUCAUCAAGGAUUUUUAAUUGGAAACACCAGGUUGAAAAAUUUCUUUCGAUCCAUCGACGUUUUUUACUUAUUUUGUUCCUUUUCAAGCAUCUUCUGUCUCCAUCGUUCGCUGACGAAAUAAUUAAAUUCAAAGAUUAUGAUGAAAUUUUACAAAUCUCUUCGUCGAGCGUAAUUUGUAUUCCUUUAUCAAAGAUUCCAAUUUUUAAUUGAAAACGCCAAGUUGAAACAUUUAUUUCGAUCCGUCGACGUCUUUUGCUCGUUUCGCAUCUUUUUAAAGAUUCGUUGCCUCGGUCGUUCGCAGAUGGAACAAUUAAAAAUGUAAAAAUUGUCAUGCAGUUUUGCAAAUUUAUUCGUCCUUCCACUGAAGAUUACAAUUUUUAAUUUAAUUUGUUGCUUGAGUGUAUUUAAUUGAUCAAGUGGAUGAAUGCCGAGACGUAUUUUCCUUUCAUCUUUUCUCGUCUUUCAAAAAUUCAGCCAUUGACAUUUGUCUUUGCCCGAUUACGAAAACGAGUGCUCAACAUUGUUUGUACUUUUCAUCGUACCAUUAAGCCAGUCUUGAAUUUCACCUGUAAAUUAUGUGUAUAUUCAAGUGUAGAUAUCCAAGUGAUGAUAUAUGGAAGUUUCUGGAAGACUUCACUUUCGAGUUGUUAACGAAAACAUCUGAUAUAAAUUUCUUUCUAUAGGCAUCGCUUUCUAUUUUUUCCACAUUUUACUCCUGAUUUUCCAUUAUAUACUCUACUGCGCUUCAUGCUUCGACUUUGUAUUAUUUAACCUAAGAAUUAACAAUUUCCACAAACAUUUUUAACCUCUCUCUUUUGAAUCGAGUUUCACUUUACACCCAGUAAAGUUCCUUCUGAACAGUAAGGCAUUCUUCCAAACGGUGAAACAUUCUUUGACUUUCCAUUCUUCACUAUACACUGUCCUAAUUUUACCUUGUACUGUAGCUCAUUCACAGAUAAUGAACGAUUUUCCACGCGGUUCAGGUGAUUGCCCUUCAGCUAGUACCUAGUCAAGAACCAGUUGAAAUUAUCAACGUGUCAAACACUUGACUCGUUGGUCCCCCGUAUCAAAGUGCAAAACGAACGAAAGACAAAAUGGUGGUUCGAGGGAUAAACCGGCUGCACGUUCGGCCCCCUCGAUUCCAUGAUUUAGGGUAUCGUCCCGAAAGUACCACUUUUCUGCCAUUCCGCUACCAGCCGAUCCCACAAGUCAUUUCCACACCUAUGUAUUAGAAGGCAGCGAGAGAAACGGGCCUUGGCCGACGGUGAAAAAAAAAGGAGAAAGAGAGAGAGAGAGACGAGGGCAAACGGCGCGGUGAACACGGCACGAGCAGACUGUCCGUGAACGGAUCACAGCUGUCCACCACGAAAUUGCAGCGUGCGAGCAGCUACGAACGUUUUCGACCGUUUAAUCGCGAUAAUAGCAGGCCACGCGACGGAACAAACUUCCCGGCCCCCGAAGAUUACGAUGUUCUCGCGCCAGCCAGAAUAAAAGUCACCGAUCGCUACGUUAUAUCGCCGGUGUCACUUGGAAACGCGCGUGAUUACGGCCCUUGUAACGAGGGCUCAGCCCUCUCACGGCCAUCGUUCGCCACUGUUCUCCUCCUUUCCUGGGAAUCCCUGGCAAUUCCCUUCGUUCCUUCCGUCGAAGCUCGAUUGAUAUUAUUAUAAGUUGCAAGUUACAGGCACCGUGCGAUAAAUUCUCUCGUGUCUCACGGUAGCAAUUUUGCACGAUUUGAGAAUUAUACAGAAUAUGCAACGAAAUAAGCGAAUAAAUAAUGCAAUGUCCAUAGGAUUAUAGAGCACACUGUGUAACACUACUUAACAUCUUCCGUGAAUUUAUCGUACUUAAAAUUCCCGUUAAUUUACAUUUACGUACAAUUUUCGCGAGAUUCCCGUACGACCGAUUCCCACGUCCGAACGACGUAAACAAACGUGGCGGACAAUUCUAAAAAUUCCAUCGCCGGGUCUCCUGACGAAGUAGAAAGCUCGACUAAUGAUCCGGCUCCUCUUUCGAGCUGCACUCUCUUCGACCAGAAAGACGAAGAAAAAGAAAAAGAAGAAAAAGAAGAAGAAGAAGAAGAGAUGAAAGAAAAGGGAAAAAACGCGUCGGGGGAUCGGUUUCUUCUCGGCGCGAGACCGCGGAUGAUCAAGUCGCUCUCGAUGGUCGGCGGGGUGAUCAAAGAUCCUAGGCUGAGCCCUUACGAGAACUUAAAGUGGGAGGAAAGGAGGAGGGAGAGGAAGCAAUUUGAUACUUCUUUCGCGAUCGCGUACAGAAUAUUCAGAAAAUACCUGGAGCGAGGCAAAGCACAAUGA